AGACUUUUCAUUCAAACCCAUAACAAAACAGACCAACGAAUAGCAAAAAGAAUCCCUCAGCCAGAGGACUUAAGAAGAAAAGCAAGAACCUAAAGAAGGUGAAGAAGAAGAUGUGUUUGGUGUUUGUGUGCGAUGAGGAUCAAAGGGUUUUGUCUAGGCAACCAGCUCCAGGGGUAUGCCCCUUCUGUGGAGGUAUGAUCCAAGCCACUGACGUUGAAAGCCAAUGGAGGUUCUGUUUCGUUCCUCUUUACUGGAAAACCAAACGCAAGUUCUAUUGCACUAUGUGCACUAGACAACUUGUUAUGCAGUAGAUAAAAACACUGUUACCUUAUACAGUUGUUGUUACUUUUCCCAUGAUCUGUGAAGUUUAGAGAGGAGGGUUGACCUAAUUUUAUCUUUGUUUGGUUAAUUUGAUCAGUGUUUGUGUAAAAUAUAUACUGUAUAAGAAAUAGAGAUAUUCAUAUACGUACCUUGAUUACCUGAAA